CUGCUGGCCGGCAGCGCUCAGUGCUGACAGUCCGCUGCUGGGCAGAGCCGGGAGCACAGCAGCGCUCUCUCUCCCUGCUGUCUGCACAGUGUCACCGGAGGCGGCGCAGCAUCCCUCCCCUCUCGCCGCGGUGCACACUAAGCAGCGCUGACAUGGGUUAGGCUUCCAGUCCGGGACUGACGGAGUGCACAGGGCAGCCCCAUCCCCGGCCGGAGAGCAGGCAUGGAGAGCGGGCUCUGAUCCCCCUCAGGAGAGCCGCAGACAAAGGACGCGGGGGGCAGAGCCGGAGACAUGAUCGCUGAGGUGCUGAGCAGCGCCCUGGGGCUCGUCCUGUAUCUCAACACCCUGGGCGCGGAUUUCUGCUACGAUGACAGCCGGGCUAUCAAGACAAAUCAGGAUCUGCUUCCAGAAACUCCAUGGAUCCAAAUAUUCUUCAAUGAUUUUUGGGGGACUUUACUUACCCACAGUGGCAGCCAUAAAUCUUACCGUCCGCUAUGCACUCUUUCUUUUCGCCUUAACUACAUUUUUGGGGGUCUAGAACCCUGGAGCUAUCACCUUGUGAAUAUCCUGUUGCAUUCAGCCGUCACAGGCCUUUUCACUAAUUUUUGUAAAGCCCUGUUUGGUAGUGGAUGCUGGACACUCUUAGCUGGCCUUCUGUUUGCGUCUCAUCCGAUCCAUACAGAAGCUGUUGCCGGAAUAGUAGGGCGAGCAGAUGUGGGAGCUGGACUCUUCUUUCUACUUUCAUUACUAUGCUACAUAAAGCAUUGUUCGACCAGGAGCUAUUCUGUUAGUAGCUGGGGCUGGAUCCUUUUUAGUGGAUUGUGUGCCGCUUGCAGCAUGCUAUGGAAAGAACAAGGAGUCACUGUUUUGGCAGUAUCUGCGGUUUAUGAUGUUUUUGUGUUUCACAAAUUAAAGAUAAGUGAGGUCAUUUCUGCUGUCUUAAAGGGCAAGAAUUUGUCCCUAAUUCUCAGCAUCGGACUUUUGGUUUCCUGGGGAGUCUUGUUAUUGGGUGCUCGUUUCUACUGGAUGGGAAAUACACCACCAAGUUUUUCCAACUCUGACAACCCAGCUGCGGACUGUGAAAUCCUACUUACACGUACCCUGACCUUCUUCUACUUGCCAACUAAGAACUUCUGGCUACUUUUUUGCCCUGAUACACUCAGCUUUGAUUGGUCGAUGGAUGCUGUGCCUCUGAUUAAAUCAGUCAUUGACUGGCGGAAUAUACACACUGUGGCCUUUUACGUCAUACUCUUCCUCCUUGCCUACACAAGUCUCAAGAGCUCCAGUACAAAAAGAGAAUGCAAUGGGAAAGUGUUCAUGAAUGGCAAGCAGAAUACUAAUGGCCAUAGCUGUCAAUCAGAUUUAGAAUACAAGAACUCGGAGCCGAGGACUACCAUUGUCUCAAAACUUGAAAAUGGUGUAAAAAACCAUAUUAACCAUGGAUUGCAACUUCCUUCUACAGAAAACCUUGUUGUUUUAGCUUUAUCUCUAUUGAUAGUUCCCUUUGUGCCCGCCAGUAAUCUAUUUUUCUAUGUUGGCUUUGUUAUUGCAGAGCGUGUACUCUAUAUUCCCAGUAUGGGGUUCUGUUUACUAGUAACUGUAGGGGCCCGAGCUCUUUAUAUUAAGGCCCAAAAAAACUUUCUUAAAAGCCUAGUUUUUUAUGCUGCUGCUGCGUUUGUUCUUUUUUAUGGACUGAAAACUGUUGUAAGAAACGAGGAUUGGAAAAAUGAAGAGAUGCUGUACAGAUCAGGAAUACAAGUCAAUCCAGCUAAAGCAUGGGGUAACCUUGGGAAUGUACUGAAGAGCCAGGGCAAGAUUUCUGAAGCAGAAAAAGCCUACAGAAAUGCUUUGUACUACCGAAGCAAUAUGGCUGAUAUGCUGUAUAACCUAGGCUUAUUGCUCCAGGAAAACAGCAAGUUCGCUGAGGCUCUUCACUACUACAAGUUAGCAAUUGGUAGCAGGCCUACACUGGCAUCGGCAUACUUGAAUACAGGUAUAAUUCUUAUGAAUCAGGGAAGGACUGAAGAAGCUAGAAGGACUUUCUUGAAAUGCUCAGAAAUCCCAGAUGAAAACCUAAAAGAUCCAAAUGCUCAUAAGAGUUCAGUGACUAGUUGCCUUUAUAAUCUGGGAAAGUUGUACCACGAACAAGGGCAGUAUGAGGAUGCACUCUCUGUGUAUAAAGAAGCAAUACUGAAAAUGCCAAGGCAAUUUGCACCACAAAGCUUAUAUAACAUGAUGGGAGAAGCCUACAUGAGGUUAAACAAGGUGUCUGAAGCUGAGCACUGGUACGUGGAGUCCCUGAGAUCAAAGCCUGACCACAUCCCAGCACAUCUUACUUAUGGCAAGCUUCUGACCCUAACGGGUCGUAAAAGUGAAGCUGAACAAUACUUUUUAAAAGCAAUUCAGCUGGAUCCCACCAAAGGAAAUUGUUAUAUGCAUUACGGCCAGUUUCUUCUGGAAGAAGGGCGUAUUAUGGAAGCAGCAAAAAUGGCUAAGAAAGCUGCAGAACUGGACAGCUCUGAAUUUGAUGUUGUCUUUAAUGCAGCUCACAUGCUCAGGCAAGCCAGUCUAAAUGAAGCAGCAGAAACUUACUACAAAAUGGCAGCCGGACUGCGACCUAAUUAUCCUGCUGCCUUGAUGAAUCUGGGUGCCAUUCUUCAUCUCAAUGGUAAAUUAGAAGAAGCAGAAGCCAACUACCUCCGAGCUCUUCAGUUCAAGCCGGAUGAUGGUAUCACUCAAUCUAACCUUCGCAAGUUGUGGAAUAUCAUGGAGAAACAAGGUCUUAAGACAUCGAAAACGUGACAAAGUGAACUAGAGACUUUUGACCAGAUGUUAGUUUCUAAUAUUGGACAUGAAGGGAUCAGAGGGGCUAUCAGCUAGGCAUCCUGCAAGUCUCAGAAAAGCCCACGUGAUGUUAGGAAAGUGUUUUGCCUUUUGGCAAAGUAGCUGUUAAUGUAUAAAAAAAAAAGGGAAAUGACGAUGACAGGGAUUGGAAAAUUUCCAAAAGGGAUUAGGAAAUGCUUGCAUUAGCCCGAAUAAUGAAAGGCACUUAAAGUGAGGUCUGUCUUCAUCACAAUGCAACUGGUUGUGCAUAAUUCUUGGGUAGGCUGAAAUUGAUAGUACGUAGUUUCUAAAAUUGUAAUACAAAGUAUAACAAUAUACUGUAGGUAACUUCAAUACUAAAAAACUGUUUACAUUGAUUCUAUUACAGAGCUAAUUCACUAAGAAUUCACUAAGUUUAUUAAAUAUUUUGUCCAAUUAUUUUCUGCCAAACCAAACAUUUUUUGGUAGGGUUGAUCUUUCUCGCCCGUUCUGUUGAAAUGAUCUGCUUAUUUCUGUUUGUUCGGGUGUGUGACUAAGCUCAAGCCAUGAUAAAUGACUUCUAACAAAAGCAAUGCAUCACGAUCUAUUAUCAGUCUAUCUAAUAUUCUGUCUCCAUCAUAGUUACACUUAGUACUGGGCAGUUUGUUUUAACAAGGAAAAAUCAAAGAGUGACACAAACCAUGUCCUGCCUCUGCUGGAAGUUUAAUAUGUGCUAGUGAGUGAAGGUGAUGAAGGACCUGAUUUUUUACUUUAUAUUUUACUUUCCGUGUCUGUUUUAAAAUCCAUACAAUUUUAUUUUAUGUUGAGGCUAAUAAAAUAUUUAUUUUGUAAGAAUGAAAAUGAUUGAUCCACACAAUAUUGUCUUCUACUGAUUUCUAUAUAAUGUUGGCUUAAGAUGCAGUUAUUGUUACACAGCUGUAGAAUAACUAAAAGUGUUCAUAACUCCUGAAACGUAUAUGGGUGGUAUGGGAAUGAGACUAUUACCUACCUGAUAUAAUCACAGUCACAUUUCUCUAUUAGUUCCAGUGCAGUCUUUCAGUUUAUUCUGGUGUUUUCCUAUAAACCAGCAGAAUUAGAACAACCGGCCUCAUUUAUCCAAAUUGACUAACAGAAAAGCAGGGCUUGUUGACCAUAGCAUCCAUUUAGUGUACACCUUUCAGUUUUCUUUAAUUGAAAAGUUACACUAUGGUUGGUUUCUAUGGGCCAAAUGAGGUCCAGUGUUCUGUCAUACACUCAUAUGAAUUGGGUUUGACUGGAAAGGUGUCCAUAUAUGCGCACUGCCAUUCCAUUUGCUGCAGAUAGCCAAGCCCUGUACCCGGGUAUCCCUGGCAGUCUCAUAGGAUUGAGUGGACCCAGAGUGCACAUGUAUAACUGCCACUCCUUUCAGUGAAGGGAAGAUGGGGUCUGUGAGGGCCAAAAUGGUCAGACCCCUGACAGUCAGACAAUUAUCCCCCAUUCCGUUGAUAGAUAAGUGUUUAUAUUGGGACACCCCCUUUAAAAGAAUAAUAUUGGCAAAUCUGAUGAAAUUUUAUUGAUUCUCACUUUGCAUUCUACGCCGCUCUUUCAGGCACUAGACAUUAUAUACAUUUAUCAGUUUUUUUACAGUGUUACUUUACUGCAUGAAAAUAGGACAAACUACAGACUACCAUAGUAAUUCGGGCAAUCGUUUUUAUAAGAUACACGCAACAGUCAUUGAAGUACUAUUUCAUGUAGCAGUUUCAUGUAUAGUUCAAAGGGAAUGGUCUAUGGAAAUAAUUUUGUAUGGAUCAGUGGCAGGAGCAUUCAAGAGAAAAUAAAUUGCCAUAUCAUAAAAGCUGCAUAGGUCCUCCUGUGAAAAGUCUUAUUCAUUUUAUAAAAUCUCAAGAAUGUCAAUUAAGACAAGUAAGACAUCAUUCAAGUUAAGCCACAUGUCAUCUGGAUAAAAACCAAAAAAAAACUGGUAACUUCACCAGUCAAUGAUUUGAUAAAGUUUGGUUUAUCACUUCUUUGGUAUCAAGCUGAGCUCAUGUAAUCAGAAGGCCACCUUGUUAUUUUAAAGAUACAUGCUACAGUGAGUAUCCUUGCCAAAUGUUGCUUCCAGUAUUCAUAUUUUACAGUAAAAAAAAGUUAUGUUCUUUAUAUUAAAUUUUUUAGGGCCAUGUACACACUGCUGGAAUUGCCACAGCUGUGCAGCGAAGAUUCUGCACAUUACACUCUACUACAUUUAUAUUGUGAGCUAUUUCGUUAGCUUAAGCGUUCGGCUACACGGCCGUGUGACAUUUCAUGUAAUGAUUGUCAAUGGUGUCGCAAAGUGGCGUGCUGCAACUGCAAUGUGACAGUUGCAAAAAAUCCAGACGUGCUGAAUUUUGUAUCGCAUGUCACACGCAUCUUCUCAUCCAUUGACUUUAAUGUAAUUUGCUCGCGACACCCGGUUUGGUGUUGUUUCUUUUUUCAGCCCAAACUCAGUCCUAAAAUAGUCGCGCCAUAGCCAGUUGUUGACAAGUCACACAAAUUUUCAGUGUUUUGCUGUAGCAUGACACGUGUCGCUGUGUAGCCAUACACUGUCAGCUAUUUUAACCAUGCUGUGGAACUUUCUUAAUCAGGAGUAGUGAGAAUAUGAGCAGUUAUUGUGGCAGAGCUUAUCAGUAAAGUACCCUCUGGUUUGAAUAAUAGAUGCAGCAUCCAAUAAAGAGACCAGUACAGUUGUCACUCAUAGCAAGAGGGGAGGAGCUAUGAAACAGCUCAGUCCAGGGCACUUCACAAUGAAGCUGUCUCUCCAGGGCACUUAAGGAGCUAAAUCUGCCAGAAUAAAAGUUAAUAUCUACACUACUUCUGAUGGUAAAAGCUCACAUACCGAUGGUAUGUUUGUACAGCCACUAACAGCUGACAGAUUCCCUUUAAAAAAAACUCUGUCUAUUUUCUAGGGAGGCCUAACAGCAUUCCCUGCUCUGUUUGAUCAGCUUCUAAAAAAAACCCUGGCAUACAGCUUCCUUCACCAAAGUUUAUCAAUAUGGCUACAAGUCCUGUCAGAUAUUGAAACAUACAAGAAGUUUUACAAGACCGCCACUCGCUACACCAUUCUUGAUAUCCCCUGCACUGCCAAAGGAUGCACCUAAUUUAUGACGAGACACAGGCCUGGCCACACUCCCACCCUAUCUCUGAUAAUAAGCAAGCUAUGUAAUGUUAAUACAUUAGCUCACACAAUAAAUAUAUAGAAAUGUCAAUAAUCUUUAAUUAUACAGGAACUCUAUAGUUUACAAAAUGUGUUUUAUUCUCACGUACUAACCACCUUCUGAUUUUUGUUUUAUGGUGGAAUUAUUCUCCAUAAGGCCUAUUUCAUACUUCAUUGUUUUAAGUCAGUGAUUGUGAGCCAAAACCAAGACUGCAGCCUCCACAGACAUAAAGUAUAAUGGAAUGAUCUGCACCUGUCCUGUGUUUUUCACCCGCACCUGGUUUUGGUUCACAAUCACUGAUGGAAAUCACUGACCAAUAAAAUGACAAGUGAACUAGGACUAAUAUUACAAAAAUCCUGUUUAUGGCUUUACUUGUAUUGCGCUGCGGAAUAUAGUAGAGCUAUAUAAGUGCAUAAAAUAAAUAAAUAAAUACUAAUACAUCUGUAUUCAUACAGUAUAUUUGACACUCUGGCACCAUAUAAUAUACAUUUAUUUAUAAUAACACCAGGAGGCUUACGCUGUGCCCUCUUUUUGUUCACUCUUCCACUUCCUGUGGAGCACGAUUGGGUUUGUUGUGCUGCCAUAUGCUGUUAUUUGCUUCUUAGGCUUCUUUUUAUUUUACUGCCUGCAGACAGUACAAUAAGCUGUUCCAAGCAAGACAAAGUACGCCAGGCAACCUGCCAGCUGCAUCAUCACAUUUGUAUUUAGUGUUUGUUUAUUACUGACUGUUUCUCUCUUCAGUCUUCUUAUCUUAUGUUUUACAUGCAAUAUUAAUAUAUGUCAUACAACUCUAUUAACACCAACAGUUUUUACAAUUGAAGAGUGUUAUGAUUUCCCUAUGUUUCUUUCUUGUUAAUAAUGUAUAUAGAACAUUAUGUUUAUCACUGUGUGAUAUUUAAAGCCAGUACUUUUUAGAGAUUUAUUUUUCUUGAACUUUACAAAAAAAGUUAUGAAAUAUUUUCUUCUAGACGUCAUUUCAUUUAGUGAGAAAUAUUACACAGACUUAAGAUUUUUAAAAAAAGGUUUUUUUUCCCUUAACAUUCGGAGCUGGUUUUUUUUUUUAAAACAAAAAAAACGUUUGCACUAAUGAGAACACAGUUUGUCUCUGCAAGUACCAUAAUUCCAGCACUAAAGGUUAUGCAACAAAGGUUUUCUGCAUAAUUUUUUUGUCCUUAAUUAAACCUAUUACCAGAGUUAUUAUGUGUUAACAGGGUUGUAGAAUUCUUAACAGGGUAUUCUUAUCAAAGCAACAUUUAAAUGCAGUGUGGUCAUUUGUUUCAUAAAUGAAUCCUGUAGAAAAAAAAAUACAGUGUAUUAUACUUUGCCGAAGAAUGUGAAUUUAUUAUUUACUGUUCCAACUGGUUGUCAGUUUUGCAGAAUUAUAACAAUUGUCACUUUUUAAGUCCCUUUUCUUUUUCUUACUAUGAAAGAUGUAUAUGAAAACCACUGGUGCCACCCUUUUUGGUUAGUAUGAAUCAGUCAGUUGUGGAAUAAAAGAAUACCUGCCAA